UUAAAACGCAAUGUUAAGACCCAACAUUUUUUUAGUUUUGACCAUUUCCAACCCCAUACUCAUGAAAAUGUGGAAUGUUUGCAUAAGAAUACCGCAAGCUCCUCCUCCCCUCCUUUGAAGAUUCCGACCACCACACCACCCCACCCUUGUACUACAUUUCUUCCUCCAACAACCACUUCUAAUUCCUAUUCACUUAGCUUCCUCCUUCAAUAUCUCCCAUGAACUUUCUUUUUACUGGAGAUCCUUUAUGUGCAUGUGUAGUGGUUUUUCGCAAAUAAUCUGGUGAGGCUUCUUAAUCCGGUUCCAAUCAUCUUUCAGCCACUUAUCUUGAAAUUUCCCUUUCUUUCUUGUGUUUGAGGUCUUUAAUAAUUUAUAAACUUCGAGAGCCUUUGAGUAAAGUUCCAACUUCAAAACCAUGAGUGAUUUAUGUAGUAAAUCCUUUAUCUUUCGUGAAUGGUGCUAACUUAAGAAGGACUCUCAAGCCUUUGGGCUUUGUCAAUCUUCACAACAAUAUAUUUUUGACUUUUGAGAAUUUAUUUUACUUAACUUCUUGUAGCAUUAUGUUAUCUAUCCCUCUUGACUCUUGGUAAGAAAACCGUAGUUAAAAAAGAAAAAAAUGACAAACACGUUCAAUAAAAAGCACUGUUUGAUAGGGAUAAUUAUCUUAUGAAAUGGGCUCUGAAAAGAAAGUAUGGAACUUGUAAGAUGGGCCUUUAAAGGCUUAUACACGAGAGACAAUGGCGACGUCGCGAAUCUAGUGGAUGAUAUAUAGAUAAUGUAACGAUAGUAUAAGUCAACGAAAUUGUACUAUAAAUAGAUUACAACCCCCAUGGAGUAGUAUCACCCAAGUUUCUGAAAACAGUAGAGAAACACUUAUUUAAGCAUACAAAGAAAAGAAAGCAAAAACUUCCAAAAUGGCAAAGACCCUCAAUUCCAUCUGCUUCACCACUCUUCUGCUCGUUCUCUUGUUCAUCUCGGCUGAGAUCCCGACGGCUGAGGCUAAUUGUGAUACGUAUUUAGGCGAAGUCACAGUGUAUUACCCAUGUAGGGAAAGAGACUGUGAAGCCCAAUGCUAUGAGCAUUACCCACACUCAUGUAAAGGAGAGUGUGAGCAUCAUGACCACGUAGUGCAUCAUGACAACGAAGAAGAGCAUUGCCACUGCUACGGUCGUUGAAAUAUUUUACGAAAAACUCGUAUCCAAUAACAAAUAAGAUUGUAUCUCUAUAAUGUAAGUGUGGUUUCGUUCCUAUGUAAGGGUAUGUGUAUGUGUAUGAGUUAGUUUCUGUUAAAAACAGUAGGACGAAGCUAAUGACGGCUUCUCUCUGCUUCUAUAAUAAGAUCAUGUUGUAUGCUUUUUCUUUUUAAUAAUAAAAUUGUUUUGUGUUUUGUCUA